AUGCUGAAUACACCGGUGAACGACAAUAUUAAUAAGAUUGAACGAUUAAAGCUUCAUAUUAAAAAGCGAAAUAAAAUUCUUUCUGAAUUACAAUAUGCAUACGUAAAAUAUUCGUAUCAUCAUUCAUCCGAAUUAGGUACUUUCACAAAUAAUUUAUCGAAUGAAAAAAAAUUAUAUUCUCCUUAUAUUAUCGAAGAUAUUUUAAUAGAAAUGAAGGAAUUAAAGAAAUUCAAUGAUAAAAAUAAAGAUUGCUAUCGAUGUGAACAUUUUUUGAAUAUACCUCAAAAUCUUAUUCAAAUUUGUGAGAAAAUAUCGAAUUAUACAGAAGAAUAUUUGACUGAAUUAAAUUUUGUACAAAGUAUUGUUUGGUUAAAAUCAGCUAUAAUGUUCAUGAAAACUAUUUCCAUUGAACAAUUUCAUUUGGUAUUUCAUAAACAGUGGAAAAAUAUGGGAAAAGAUUCUGAUUUAUAUAAUCAAGAUUCGAUAUCUUAUAUUCAAGAUAAUGAUCAUAGUAAUUUGAUUAAUCUAUUGAACAAUGAUCAGGAAAAUUAUAUAAAUUUUAAUGAUAAUUUAAAAUAUAAUAGUAGUAUCGAUUUAUCAUGUAAUGUACAGUGUGAUAAAAAAAAUAAUAUAUCGCAAUUUUGUUAUCAAGAAAUGAAUCAAGAAAUUGAAAUUUUCACUCAAAAAAGAAUUAAUCCUUCCGUGUUUGCAUCUUAUCAAAGUCUUGACAGAUACUUUAAUACACAAUCGUGUACACAACAGAAUACAACUUUGAAUAAUUAUAUUAUCCAAGAUUCAGACCAAGAUUGUUCUUCUAGUUCCGACAUGUUUAGAGAUUCUUUGGAAAGUCAAGAUAAAAUCAUAAAUAGAGAAACUUAUAAACUUGUCGAAGAAAAUAACCUUAUCAAUGAUAAAUCGGCAGAGAAAUUUUCAUCAUUACAUUCCCAAAAUAAUGAUGUUUUAAAAACUUUGAUGAAAAUGAAAGAUAACAGUAUCUUCCCACACGAUAAUGAUUUUUCAGAUAUUUUAUUUAACAAAGAAUAUUCAUUAUGUAAACAAAAUUGCAAUAAACUAGGGAAACAGUUAACCUCCAAAUCGAAUAAAUCGAAUAAACACGUAAUUGCUCCACAAACUUCUGAUUUGGAUUUUGAUCAUGAAAGUUUUAUUAUUUCGUCGAAUCAGAUUGACGAUGCUUGCUCUCCUCAAAAAGAUAGUGCUUACGAUACUUAUCAAUUGAGUGCAGAAUGUAUAUCAAUAUCGAAUUACAUUGAUGAAAGUGAAAAGAGUAUAUUUUCUAAUCAAAAAAUCGAUAAAAUUACUCCUCAUCAAAAAGACACGCAUGAUAUAGAAUUUCUUACCUCAGAUAUAAGCGAAAAAGAUUGGAUUUUAAAUCAAGAUCAGCAACUGUGUUUAUCUUUUUCUUGUCAAAAAAACGAUAGUAGCACAAAUAACGUAAAAUCAUAUACGCAAAAAAGACAUUUGCAGAAAUAUUCACUCGAAGAAUGUGAGGAAAGUAGAGGUAAAAGAAAGAGAUUAAAAUCUGUUCACGGAUUAACUGUAACUAAGGUUUAUGAAGGAAAGGACAAAAAGAUUUCAUCGGAGUGGUUGAAAUUCAUAUUCGAUACCUUAAAUGUGGACGAUGUUGCUUUUGAAUCGGCAAAGAUGAUUCUUUCAGUUUUUCAAAAUGAGAGAAUAGGGAAAUUGUAUAUGAGAAAAAGAUGUUGGAAAGAUACUUUAGAAGAGCAAGCUUUAAAUGCAAUAUUGGAUUUUUGUGACAUUUCUGAAGCUAAAUAUAGAACUAAUGCGUAUACACAAGAAAUUGUGCAAAUAGUGACAAGUAUAUUGGAUGAAAAUAUUGAAAAUAUUCGACUAAACAAGGUUACGAUACAGACUUAUCAGAUCACCAUUAUUUUACAUUUAUGCACUUCUAUGAGAAUUUGUAUCGAAAUAAUAAAUUAUCUAAUCACGAAACUGAAAAUCUACGAAAACAUUUUAAUUUCUCUAGUAAAUAGCAAAAAAGCUGAUGUACAUAUUAUAAUAAAUCAAUUGCAUAUUAUAUUUUAUAUUUUAACUAGUUGUUUACAGAAAUAUCGAUUAAUCUUUAGAAAUGAAGAAAGAGAUCAAUCUGACGAAGAAAUAAUACCAUCUGUAAUCGAUUUAUGGAAAAAACAAUUGAAUUUCGAAAGCACGAUAAUGGAAGAUAGCAAACAAACAAGAGAAAGAAGAUGGUUAAUGAUUUUGGAUGACUUUACAGUAAUUGCUACAGAAAAUUUUGUUCAAUUUGCUAAAAAAUCACGAAAAUUAGUUAAUUUAUUAACUAUAUGAUUAAAUAAUUUCAAGUGUAAUUUUAAUAUAUUGGA